AUGGAGGUAGAGAAUCAACAUCUCCUCCAAUCCCUCCUACCCUCCACCGCCACCCCCACUAACGCCGCAACCGAAGACAUCUGCUUACCGAUUCAAUUCACUAGUAACUCGGCCAAAGUUUACUUGUCAAGUUCAUCAGGGAUCAUUUCCAGGCUAGUUUUCAUCAUCUCCGUUGGAAUAGUCUCCAUAUGGGCAAACCAUGAAGCCUCCAAGGGAUUUUCAAUAUCCAUUAUCAACGAAGCUCGCGAAACAUCCCCGGGAAAGCGUUUCGAUCUUUUUUAUGCGUCAAAUGAUGAAGCUUCAAGUUUACUUCUCACCACAAGCAAGUUUGUUGAAGAUUUUCUUUACCCUAAUGGUAGUUUCCCUAAGAAGAAAGUCAACCAUGUCGUCCUCCGGCUCUCCAGCCGGAAUUUAUCGAGCUCCAUCGUUGUUGACUCCGGCCAAGAACAUGAUCGCGGCCAUCAGUUUGUUCUUCAUAUUAGUCCUUCAGUCUUGGAGGAGAUAAAUUUUAGCCAUGCCAUGUUUUUAGCAGUACAACAAGGCAUGGCACGUAUAUGGCUAUGGGAUGGUCAAGGCAAUGCCCCGUCAACUCUUAUCAACGGCAUUGUUGAGUACCUAAGCAAUAUAGCUGUUUCUUCCGGUGGGCUAUUAGGUUUUGGGAGCUUGGAUUUGGAAUCAAUGGAGAAAGACAGCAAUUGCUGGAAGAGCAAGAAUCCUAAGGCCGUGGCACAAUUCUUGAAUUACUGUGAGUUGGAAAAACCGGGUUUCAUCGGACGGUUGAAUCAAGCUCUAGGAAAUGGAUGGCAUGAUCGAACGGUGGAUGAUGCAUUAGGCAUGUCUGCCCAACACCUACGUAAAGUUCAUCAUAAUUCUUCACCGAAGUACCUAUCCCACAUUUAA